CUUGACUUCACAGCGUGUCAUAUUAUCAUGCAAAAAACUUGAAAUCCGUAUCUUAAUAUUUUCUUAAGUUUCAUUGUCAAAUGCAAUGUGGAGGACGUUAGUGAUUUCGCUACUCUGCGUAUUUCUCUUGGUUUCAGGAUUGUACGGAUCGGGUGAAAACUCCCACGUACAACUUGAUAUUGUUGGAGGGAACGCAACUUCUAUUUGGCUUCAUCCUUAUCAGGUUUCAGUGUGGUCUGAAAGAGGGUACAGAGGUUCAGGAGCCUUCCUGUCUCAGAAAUGGAUUAUAACAACAGCUUCAGUUGUCGCAGGCUUCGAGGCCCUGAGCCUGUCGGUGCGGUGUCACAGCAGCUCGGCGGUCAGUGGCGGGCAGAAGUAUCAGGUGUCCUUGAUGGUCAUCCACCCGAGGUUCAGCUUCAACACGAUGUUGCACGACGUGGCGCUGCUGCUGCUGUGGCGCGAUGACAUACUGAGACCCAUUAGAUAUGUGACGCUGGCUCGAUACCCGCUUCCCGAGAACACCACGGCACUUCUCACCGGCUGGGGGUCCACUUCGAAUAGGACCAAGAUGAGCGACAUUCUACAGGAGGUCUGGGAGCGGACACUGCCACUGUCGUUCUGCCAGGAAGUCUACAAUCAGAGCUUCCGUAUCUCUUACAGCCAGUUCUGCUCCCGAGCCAUCAACGCGUACGGACCUUGCUGGGGCGAUACAGGAGAUCUCCUGAUGGUCAAUAAUACGUUGUAUGGGCUCCUGUCCUGGAACGGAGGUUGUUUCUUCAAGGCUGCUCCUUCCAUCUUCACGCAGAUAUCCUCAGUCCGCCAUUGGAUUUUUCAAGUCAUGAAGAAUUAUCAUCCUCGUCAAAACUCCCCUAAUAAUGUAACACUCCCGACGACUUCCGACUGAGUCGGCUAGUUUUUUUUCCUGCAUGUGUUUCAAGAAAAUAAAUAUUGUCAGUACUCUGUUUGUCAGUAAAAUGUUUUCUUAUUUGUGGCACA